GCAAAUUGUAAGCCUCUUUCUUCUACAUUUAACCAGUGUCGAAGGCCCGGACACCAAGAAGACGGCAUGCUAUGACAUAGACGUUGAAGUGGAUGACCCACUCAAGGCACAGAUGAAUAGCUUCAUCCUAUCUACGGCCAAUCAGCAGGAGAUUCAGGGUCUGGACAACAAGAUCCACGAGACUGUUGAGACCAUCAACCAGCUCAAGACCAACCGAGAGUUCUUCCUGAGCUUCGCAAAAGAUCCCCAGCAGUUCAUCAGUAAAUGGCUGGUCUCUCAGAUGCGAGACUUGAAGACCAUGACGGACGUGGUGGGCAGCCCCGAAGAAGAGCGCCGUGCAGACUUCUACUACCAGCGCUGGGCCCAGGAGGCAGUGUGCCGCUACUUCUAUGGCAAGGUGCAGCAGCGCCGAGCCGAGCUGGAGCAGGCACUGGGCAUCCGCAAUGCCUAGUUCAAUAAA